AUGUUUUUCUUUAUUUCAAUUGCGGCUGCAUUAUGUGCGAUUUCUGGCGCUACGCAAAUUCAAACUCAAGACGCCGCUCUUGAAGAUAUAGUUUGUAAGGAAUACAAUACCUACUACAAGAUAAAAGGCAGCUGCGACUCAUAUGUAGAAUGCACCGCUUACAAAGCGACAUACAAGACUUGUCCUGAUGGCAUGUACUUUAUCCGUGAUGUGGUAUGGCCCACGUACCCUUGUGCUUACCCAUCCGACGCGCAAUGUGAUGACGACGAUACACCUCAACAAGCCAUAGCGUCACAAGAUUGCAAGAACCAGUACGGAUUCUUCGCGUCACCAUUAGCGACUCGCUCCGAUUGUGGCAAAUACCGAAUGUGUGUGGCGGGUAAAGCGUUCGAAAUGGAGUGCUCAAUGGGUCUUGCCUUCAAUCCAGAAACUGGUCGCUGCGACUGGCCUGAUCUUGUACCUAGCUGCAACGCUGACGAAUUUCUUGGCUUCAAAUGUCCUCCUGCAACUUACGAUGAAUUUGGCAAGGCUUACGUAGUUAAUUUCAGCAUCCCUGGUAGCUGCCACUACUUCUUCUCUUGUAUGGAGAAUGUAGCGCGGCUGUUGCUCUGUGACUCCGGCUUUCUGUUCGACUCUACCGUUAACCGCUGCGUGGACGCCACUCGUGUCGAGUGCCAUGAAGGACGUUGA